CCUCACUUCUCAACACCUUUCGUGUCAAAAUCCUUCAUCAAAUUUUUGCCCCGCAGAGAUGCUACGUGAAGAAAGACUAGACCCCCUCCUGACUUUGCGCUAUUCAAUAGCGCAAAAUCGGUAGGGGUCAAGAAAUUCAAAGUCGUAUAAAGCUCGUCGUGACUCAAACGUCAGAAAUCACAUUUCUUGGAGAUCUAGAAAAAUUACCCCUUCCCCCCAGCGUCCCCCUCUCUCCCAUUCACAUCUUGUGUUUGAUAUAAAUUUAAGUUUAUCGCCAUUUUAUGCAACACUGAAAACCCCAGAGGUAAUCAAGGGAGCUCAGUCAACGGUCGGUAAAUUAUCAAUAAAAAAUGGGGCCAGCUGUCUCGUUUUGUAAUUUAAAAAGAAGCUGAUUACCAUAGCUCACAUUGCAUGUACGUGUUUGUGCCCGCACCUUUUUCGCCGUUAUCCCAUAAUGGCCGUGCAGCAACUGACCCAUCUUUUCUUGAUGACUUUUUACACACUUUUGGAAAUCUUGGCUGUACCCGAAAAAGCGGCUAACUUCUGUGGAAACGUAUUCGAAAAUACAGUUGAUCGUGUUUUACUUGGUCAUGUAAUGGACUCAGUUCUUGCCCUCAACGAAUUUGAGUGCCAGCUAAAGUGCAUCGACAGAAAAGGUUGUAAGUCUGUUAAUGUGCGUCCCAAUAGGAACAAAAAGAAUCUUUGUGAACUUAACAGCCAAAAUCGACAGACCAGACCACAGGACUUUAGAGAGGAAAAAGGAUCCACCUAUUACGGCUCUCUUCAGGUUUCCUGUGUCGAUAUUUCCAGUGACAAGAAAAGACAAACAAAGAGCGGUCAGUGUCACCCAGGAUACCAUGGUGAACGAUGUCAAACAGGCCCCAAGGGCUUGUAUUCUUAUCAUCCUUCUUUUUCCUGCAAAGAAAUUCGGAACGAAGGGCACCUUAAAACAGACGGGGAAUACUGGAUCGAUCUCGAAAAGAAUGGGAACGCUUUGAAGGUCUUCUGCGAUAUGAAUACGGACGGAGGGGGCUGGCUUCUUGUUUCGAGCAUUGUCAUCGAUAACGCCGCCCCAAAUCAGAUGAAAGUAGAGACAUCAUACCGCGGUAUAAACUCCAGUCAGAUGGUGCUAUCGAAAGCUGCCAUGAAUGAACUGAGGUCACACUUGGGAUUCACUCAAAUACGAUUCCACUGCAGUAAGCAUCUGGGACGUAUAUUCCAUGUGACCACAGCAGCUAACAGCACCGGGGAGGCUGUGGUCCAAUACUUCAGCGGUCAGACGGACGUCCAACCAGAUGCUUGUGGCUCAUUUGUGCGAAUGAAAAAUGACAACUCGAAUAUGUCCAGACAGUGUCAUCUGUGGGGAUUGGAAAAUGGAGCCUACAGAGUUGGGAAAUGGGGACAUAGCCAAGAUCAGGAUAGAUUGUAUAAUUACCCGGCCUUUGUUUACCCCGAUAAACAAUGGUUUACUCGCCUGGAUGGUUAUAGGUUUUGUGAUGAUGCCGUUGGAAGUAACAAAACUGCCGGUGAUUUUUGGAAAAUUUACGUGCGUUGAGAAGCUUCUGCGAAAGCGAAGAAACUUCUCACGUACUGGACACGUGAUCCCUUUUCUAAAUUAUAGAAUCGGUUGAGAAGGCACCACGGACCUCUACUGGUUUUUCAAUAAUAAUAAUGAUAAAUAAUCUAUCUAGAAAAAGCUAACGUCACAAUACGUGGUUUUCGGGGAGGUCUUCACUAACUAAGAUAAAAUAACGUAAAAAGUUUUAAAUCUAAAUUACAACCAGCCCAGAAAGACUACUACAGCAAGGUACUAAAAUGCUGAUGUUAUAAUAAUAACCUCUUACUGACCGUACGUGAGGGCAGUACUUGAAGAGUAUGGGCCCGAGGUCGUGGUGAGGACUGAACGCAGUGAGGUCCCGUUAAAAAGCAAUGGAGGGUCAAUAUUGCACAGUACGGCUUGAGUAAGUCAGGUUUGUAAAUAGUUUAUUGUCAUGCACUCGGACCAAACUUGUUUAUUCUAAAUUUUCUGGCUUCCGCGCAAACAAAAAUACACGGCUUAUGAUUUGAGGCUUUUCUUUUUUUCCAGCAACUUUCCAGCGUUAUAUGCGUCUCAUUAUGCAAUGAUUUUCUUUGUUUUUAAUCUGUGCCUACAUCUGUUAUUAUCGUCAUUAUUAUACUUUUAUUUAUACUAUUCCCGUUAUUAUCAUCAUAAUGAUUAUAGUGACAAUUGCUGUCACAAUUGUCGAUGUCGUUAGUGAUAAUGUUACUAUUCAACUGCGCUAAUUCUAAAAUUUUAUAUUCGUAGUCGUAGUCGUAGGAUUCUUAUUGUGAGCAUGCAAGCAAUUUUGUAAUUAUAUUUAUAAAAUUUCCCCUUCUAUACAUUGUAAACCUUAGCAAUUCAGUCCAU